GCCGCCGCCGCCGCCGCCGCCGCCGCCUCCGCUCCCACAAUGCUCGUCUAGCCCCGAGUCCUCGGCGGCGACGGCGGCGGCGGCUCCAAGAUGGCGCAGACAAUCUUCGAGGCGCUGGAAGGAAUAGAUAACCAGACUGUCCUGGCAGUUCAGUCACUGUGGGAUGGACAGGGGGCAGUCCCUGACCCAACUGCUCCAAGUGUCAACACCCCUCCCACCAUCCAGUCCUUGGAUGAUGAAGAUGUCUUUCUCUGUGGGAAGUGUAAAAAGCAAUUCAACUCAUUACCAGCAUUCAUGACCCACAAGCGGGAGCAGUGUCAGGGGAGCGCUCCUGCACUGGCUGCUGUCUCCCUGGCCACCAAUAGUAUCUACGCACCCUCCGUUACAUCUGUGCAGCAGGCUCCACCAGCCAAUCGCCAGCAGAUCUCUACAUACAUCACAGUGCCCCCGUCCCCUCUGAUCCAGACUCUGGUACAAGGGAACAUUUUGGUGAGUGAUGAAGUGCUCAUGUCAGCCAUGUCAGCCUUCACAUCACUGGAUCAGCCAAUGCCCCCUGUGCAGCCCCCUGUGCAGCCUCCGGUGCAGAGCAGCCUGAGUAUGCACUCAGGGCCUGGCUACCUCCCUCAGCCUCCACCACCUCCUCCUCCCCCUCCACCAUUGCCCCCUCCCCCUCCCCCACAAGCUCCUCCCCCACCCCCUCCGCCUCCGCCUCCGCAGAAUCUCGGGGCUCCAGGACAUCCCACCACGGGUAGCAGUGGAGUGGUAGAGGUUUACAAUGCCCCUGCCCCCCUGGCAGGAAGCAAUGUGGUGGAGAUCCAAGCGCUGGGGAUGCAGCCCUACCCACCUAUAGAGGUCCCAAACCAGUGUGUGGAGAAUCCUGUGUACCCCAGCCCCCCUGUGUAUAGCCCCGGGAAACAGGGCUUCAAACCCAAAGGGCCAACCCCACCUUCCCCCCUGACCAGCACCGCCAGUGGUAAUGUGGCUGCUUUCAGUUCCCCCUCCACGUUGAAGACCCGGCGCCCCAAAAGUGAUGGCGGGCUCCAAGAAGGGAAACCCAAGUGUCAGAAACUCAAGUGUACCUACUGCAACAAGGCAUUCACCAAGAACUUUGACCUGCAGCAGCACAUCCGCAGCCACACAGGGGAGAAACCCUUCCAAUGCAUUGUCUGUGGCCGGGCCUUUGCACAGAAGUCAAAUGUCAAGAAGCACAUGCAGACCCACAAGGUGUGGCCACCAGGGCAUGGGUGCACCAUCUCCCGGAACUCAGUGACUGUUCAGGUCAUGGCCCUGAACCCCACCCAGCAGGAGAAUGAGGAGGACUCAGGGAUUAGCCAGCCCCCCAGGACUGUUCCCCAGCCUCAGGUCAUGGCUUCAGCUGAUGAAAGUGAGCCAGGAAAACUGGAAGCCAAGCAGGUGGUCCUCAUCGACAGCUCUUACCAGUGUCAGUUCUGUCCAAACAAGUUCAGUACAUACUUCCAGCUCAAGUCACACAUGACCCAGCAUAAGAAUGAGCAGGUGUACAAGUGUGUCGUGAAGAGCUGCGCCCAGACGUUCCAGAAGCUAGACAUGUUCCUGGAGCAUAUCAAGAGUCACCAGGAGGAGCUGAGCUACCGAUGUCACCUGUGCAGCAAGGACUUUCCCUCUCUGUAUGAGCUGGGUGUGCACCAGUACUCUCACAGCCUCCUGCCUCAGCACAGCCCCAAGAAGGAUGUCACGGUCUACAAGUGCGUCAAAUGUGUCAAUAAGUACUCUACCCCAGAAGCCCUGGAGCACCACCUCCAGACAGCAACUCACAACUUCCCCUGUCCACACUGUCAGAAGGUGUUCCCCUGCGAGCGGUACCUUCGACGUCAUCUGCCCACCCACGGCAGCGGGGGCAAGUUUAAGUGCCAGAUAUGUAAGAAGUUCUUCCGGAGGGAACACUACCUCAAGCUGCAUGCCCACAUCCAUUCUGGUGAAAAGCCCUUUAAAUGCUCUUUAUGCGACUCAGCCUUUAAUCGGAAAGACAAAUUGAAGCGACACAUGUUGAUCCACGAGCCAACCAAGAAAUAUACAUGCCCCUUCUCCACGCAUACAGGCUGCAGUAAGGAGUUCAAUCGGCCAGACAAGCUGAAGGCCCACAUCCUUUCCCAUUCAGGGAUGAAGAUCCACAACUGCCAGUUCUGUAGCAAAUGCUUUAGCCGCCGGGCCCAUCUGGUGGAGCACCAGCGCUCCCACACCGACAACUACAAGUACCGCUGCACUAGCUGUGGCAAGGGCUUCACUCGGAACAAGUACCUGAAGGAGCACCGCUGCCGGCUGGGCCCGCUCAAGGACAAAGACGCCCAGGCCCGCCGACCCACGAAGCAGCGGGGGGCUCGGGGCCGCAAGGUGGCCCUGCCUGACCCCUUGGGCCUGGAGGAGCUCAAGGGCAAUGCCGAAGGGCCUGAAGGAGGUGGCUCCGGCAAAGACCCCUUCCCAGAGUCAGACGCAGUGCUGUCUAUUGUGGUAGGAAGCUCAGUGGGUGGUGAGCCUGAUCUGGUGGUGCCUGGGCACUCAGACAGUGUGAGCCCCAACCUGACCCUGGCGGGACUGCAGUCUGGAGCCGAGGGCCCCUGUGCCAUGCUGGCCGUCCCUGUGUAUAUUCAGACCACUGAGUGAUGAGGCGGGGAGCACGUGGCUGAACCUGGGUUUACCGGUGGGGCUGAGCUCCCCACCACUGCUGCUGCUGAGUGUCCUGGCCCAUAGGCACAGAAGGAGUACUUCUUGGGCUUCUUCCCUGCCCCAAUGGGGGGAGGGGUGGACAACAGCCUACGGGGGCCUGUAAAGGCUAGAUAGAACCCCCACAUGCAAACAGGGUGAAUCCUAGGGAGUGCCUAGGGCCAGCCCAUGGUGCUGCUUUGGGCCUGGUCCUGCCCUGGGAGGCUUGGGAGAUGGGACCUGAUGCCUGUGGGACUUGGGUUUGUGAUCCAGUCAGUAUGCCUGGUAUUUGGGCAAAUGGCCUUUGUGAGGGCAGACCAAUGAUCCUUCCUACUGGAAGCAAGUCAACCAUGAAAAUCCUUUUGGAAUGUCAUUUAUAAAUACCUCACAUCCUUUAUACUGGCUCUUACACAUAAGGGGAAGUCUUUUGGCCGGCCAAGGCCUAGGAGAGGUUUUUAUGACGCUAUUUUCUCCUUUGAUUACAUUUCUGUCAUAACCUACCAGCCUUUGGGGCAGGAUGGGACGGCGGCGGGAAAGGGGAUGAGGAGAUGGGGACUUUGGGUUAGAAAGCAUGGAUAGAUGGAUCCUGGAUCCAUAGGCCAGACUCUUCUUACCUGUUUCUGCCUUCAGACAUGGGAUAUGGGAUGGAGCAUAAACAUUAAGACAGUCAUAGAGGAGAAGAAACCAUCGUAUAGCCUGCUGUCCUCUCUCUAGCCUGCCUCUGGAGGAAAUAAGGCAGAAGGAAGGCAAACCCUGAGGCUGCGGGGCAAGGAGAUUGGGGGCUAGCGGGGAGAAACCCGGUCACAGCAGUCCCCCACCCCACCCACAAGACGAGGAGAUGCUGUAGCUGUACAGUGACAUGAUUCCACCGAAGACUUGUUAGCCCUUGCCUUCAAUUAGUCCUUGGCCCAAGUGUACUGGGAGGGGUGAGGAGGCAGAGCCAGGCUUUUCUGGGUGUGCUCGAGGUGGGGAGAAAAGAGGGACUUGAAGGAGCUAGAACAGAAUCCGAGGGUUGGGGGAAGGUCCCUAUCCCCUCACAGUCUUCUAUCAAGUUGUCUCCCUCGCCCCCACCUCCAUCCCCAGUCCUCACCAUGAGGCUGGGCUUACAGCUAACUCAGGGUCCCAGUGGGGCUUCUACAAUACACAUGUUUCUAAAUGGAGUAAGGAAAGGGGCUAGUGGUCCUUGUGGAGUGUUCUUCAGUGGAAUAAAUGCUGUUUGAUGAUGGAAA